AUGCAAUAUUCUGUAAGAGUAACACCUGAAAAGGAAAAGAUGGAUUCUGUAAAAGCUACACCUGAAAAGAAGAAAGCUAGAGAAUCAACAUGGAGUGGUACUAAUCAAAUCAAUGUGGUUAAGAAGUUGGUAAUAGUCAAUGAAUUUUCCACGAUUGAUUUCUGUAAGUAUAUUUUCGAUAGCUUGGUUAGCAGAAAGGAGAUGUGGAAAAGGGAUGAUAAAACAUGCUAUUACACUGGAACUAUAUUACUCUUGACGCUGGUGCAUGUUUAUAACAUGAAGUUUUCAAACCCUAAGUUGGUCAAAAAGCUACCUUUUAUCUGA